GCUAGGGGCUCGGGGUCCGCGAUCUCCAAGCAGCCCCCCCAGAUCGCAGCCCCCCGCGGGCACACGGAGCAUUUCAUCUCGCCUCCGCCGCCCCCACCUUCCGAAUUCCUUUCCGGCAGCCGAUCCGAGGGGCAGUCUGUCCCUCGCGGGCGGCCCCAGCUUAUCACUCCCGGCCGGGCCACUUCCCGGCAGCGGCCGCGAGUCUCUCAAAGUUUCCUGUGACGCCGCCGCCGCCGCCGCCCGCCUCGGGCGCAUCCCGCCCUCGCUCCCGCCCGCCAGCCCGGGACGCCCGCCGGAGCCGCGGGCUGCGGGACCCGAGCGGGCCGCGCACACAGGAGGCCUUCGGGACCCCACCCCGGCCCGGGGAGCGGGCCCCAAGGGCGGCGGCCGCGCCCUACGCCCCCCUCGCCCCCUCCCCUAGCCGCGCCCUCCGCCGGGUCCGCGCACGCCCCCCGGGCCCGGAGCCCGAGUCCCACCCUCCAGGGCCCGGGCCAAUCGGCCGCGCCCCACCUCCUGGGAGGCGGUGGAGGAGGGGGCUGCGGACCGGCCGGCAGCGCCGCCUUCCGCGGGCGCCCAUUGGCUGAGGCCUCGAGGUGCCCCGAGACCGGAGCGCCUCCGGAUUGGCCGCGGGGACUCGUGACAGCGGCGCCUAUUGGCCGAGGCGGUCCCCGUGACGCGGGGUGGUGACUGGCUCCGGGGGCUGAGGGGCUCCUGCUUGUCAGGUUCUAGCUCAUAUUUUCUGGCUAGACCUAUGAUCAUUCCGUGAGACGCCAUUGAAAGUUUUAUUGUGUCUUCCUCAUCCCUAAUGUGUAACCCUUCAACAUGGACCUGCUACUUUAGCUAAGAUAUGACCAACAAUGAAGAGUAGUAAGGAAGGUAUUGUGCUUCAUUCUCUUAUAUGUGGAAAUCGAUUUGUCCCAUCAGCAUCAUUAGUUGAAGACCUUUUUACCUAUUGAGUAGACUUAGCACCCUUAUAGAAAAUUUAACCAUAAAUAUAUGCACUGAUUAGAAAGCUCGCUUGUGCAGUGUGGAGGAUAAGACAGUGCCUUACAAAAAUGGGGUUUGGGAGUGACCUGAAGAAUUCACAUGAAGCUGUGUUAAAAUUGCAAGACUGGGAAUUACGGUUACUGGAAACAGUGAAGAAAUUUAUGGCCCUGAGGAUAAAAAGUGAUAAAGAAUAUGCAUCUACUUUACAGAACCUUUGUAAUCAAGUUGAUAAAGAAAGCACUAUUCAAGUGAAUUAUGUCAGCAAUGUUUCUAAGUCUUGGCUACUUAUGAUUCAGCAAACAGAACAACUUAGUAGGAUAAUGAAGACACAUGCAGAGGACCUAAAUUCUGGACCCUUACACAGGCUCACCAUGAUGAUCAAAGACAAGCAGCAGGUGAAAAAAAGUUAUAUAGCUGUUCAUCAGCAGAUAGAGGCAGAAAUGAUCAAGGUUACAAAGACGGAAUUAGAGAAAUUAAAAUCCAGCUAUAGACAAUUAAUAAAAGAAAUGAAUUAUGCCAAAGAGAAAUAUAAAGAAGCUUUAGCUAAAGGGAAAGAACCGGAAAAGGCCAAGGAUCGUUACGACAAAGCCACAAUGAAACUUCAUAUGUUGCAUAAUCAAUAUGUAUUGGCAUUGAAAGGGGCUCAGCUUCAUCAGAAUCAGUAUUAUGACACCACCCUUCCUCUGCUUCUCGACUCCUUACAGAUGAUGCAAGAAGAAAUGAUAAAGGCACUAAAAGGCAUAUUUGAUGAAUACAGCCAGAUAACUAGUCUUGUUACGGAGGAAAUAGUGAAUGUCCAUAAAGAGAUUCAAAUGUCAGUUGAGCAGAUAGACCCUAGCACAGAAUACAAUGAUUUUAUAGAUGUUCACAGAACAAUAGCUGCUAAAGAGGAAGAAGUUGAGUUUGAUACUUCCUUAUUAGAAGAAAAUGAAAAUCUUCAGGCAAAUGAGAUUAUGUGGAAUAAUUUAACAGCAGAAAGUUUGCAAGUAAAGUUGAAAACUUUAGCAGAGGAACUUAUGCAGACACAGCAAAUGCUAUUAAACAAAGAGGAGGCUGUCCUGGAGCUGGAAAAAAGAAUUGAGGAAUCUUCUAAGACCUAUGAAAAGAAGUCUGAUAUUGUGCUGCUGAUAAGCCAAAAACAGACACUUGAAGAGCUGAAACAGUCUGUGCAGCAGCUGAGGUGCACUGAGGCAAAGUUUACAGCACAGAAAGAAUUACUAGAGCAAAAAGUGCAAGAAAAUGAGGGAAAAGAGCCACCUCCGGUAAUAAAUUAUGAAGAAGAUGCACGAUCAGUUACAUCUAUGGAAAGGAAGGAGAGGGUAUCCAAACUUGAGUCUUUUCGUCAUUCAAUUGCUGGAAUAAUUAGGUCUCCAAAACCUGUAUUGGGCUCUUCAACAUUCUCUGAAAGGAUGUCCAUAGUUGAGAAGCCCCUGAUGGAACAGGAGUGGUACCAUGGUGCAAUUCCCAGAAUAGAAGCGCAAGAUCUAUUAAAACAACAAGGAGACUUCUUGGUACGAGAGAGCCAUGGGAAACCUGGUGAAUAUGUCCUUUCUGUAUUUUCUGAUGGACAAAGGAGACACUUUAUCAUACAAUAUAUUGAUAGUUUGUAUAGAUUUGAAGGCACUGGUUUUUCGAACAUUCCUCAACUUAUAGAGCAUCACUUUACAACCAAAAAGGUCAUCACGAAGAAAUCAGGUGUUGUUCUGUUGAACCCUAUUGCUAAGGAUAAGAAAUGGGUUCUCAGUCAUGAAGAUGUCACAUUGGGUGAAUUACUGGGCAAGGGAAAUUUUGGUGAAGUAUAUAAAGGCAUAUUAAAGGAUAAAACUGCUGUUGCUGUUAAAACAUGUAAAGAAGAUGUUCCUCAGGAACUGAAAAUGAAAUUUUUACAAGAAGCCAAAAUUCUUAAGCAAUAUGAUCAUCCCAAUAUUGUCAAACUUAUAGGAGUUUGCACACAGAGACAGCCGAUCUACAUCAUUAUGGAACUGAUUCCAGGAGGUGAUUUCCUCUCCUAUCUGAGAAAAAAGAAAGAUGAAAUAAAACCCAAACAAUUAGUGAAAUUUUCAUUAGAUGCUGCUUGUGGUAUGGCAUAUCUCGAAAGUAAAAAUUGUAUACACAGGGAUCUUGCUGCAAGAAACUGCCUGGUAAGUGAAAACAAUAUUCUGAAAAUCAGUGACUUUGGAAUGUCUCGCCAAGAGGAAGGUGGAGUGUAUUCAUCUUCUGGCUUAAAGCAGAUUCCCAUUAAAUGGACAGCACCAGAAGCUCUUAAUUACGGGAGGUACAGUUCUGAGAGUGACGUGUGGAGCUUUGGCAUCCUCCUCUGGGAGACCUUCAGCUUUGGGGUGUGCCCGUACCCCGGAAUGACAAACCAGCAAGCACGUGAGCAGGUGGAAAGAGGGUACCGGAUGUCAGCCCCUCAGAACUGCCCGGAGGAGAUCUUUAAGAUUAUGGUGAGGUGUUGGGAUUAUAAGCCUGAGAACCGGCCCCGGUUCAGCGACCUCCAGAAAGAGCUCACUACCAUCAAGAGGAAGUUCACAUAGUGCUGGGCGGGGCCGGACGCACGCAACCCACAGACGUCCUGUCCCUUCGUUUGCAAUGAGUUUGUACCACGUUACCUGCACCAGUCUGCCAAGGUUUUUUAUUAACUUUUUAAAAAUAUGUGCCACUUAAAAAAAAGGAGGAGGGACAAAUGCAUUUAAGGAACAGACAGUCCUACAAAGGGCUUCAUGAGCUCAUCAUAGCGAUCCUGCCACACCACUGUCAUGGAAAAACACAGGCGCUCACAUGAGGGAGAACAGACACUUUUCACAUCGAGACCACUGAUGCUCCUCAAAGCCGGGCCACUCCAGGCCCAGGUCACGGGCCGCGUCGGUGCCACAGGCCCGACGCCCUCGGUGCUAGAAGCUGCCUAGGUAACGCCACAGAGCUGGCGCUCUGCUCUGCCAAGGCAAGAUCACAUUUGUAAACAUCGUUUUCUACCAGGAAUUGUUUGGCCCUCCUGGGUUUUUUGUUUCAAUUGUCACUCUCCCGUGUCAGUAGCGAGGUUGUCAGUUCCCGCCUCGGUUUGGGCAUUGGAAAACCAUGCACGGAUUGUCCUCACACAGCACGCACCUAGCAUUGGGGCCGCAGCUUUGAAAGGAUGCUUGGGAGAGCUGUGACGGCAAGGAGUCAGGGCGGGAGGGUGGUCUGGAGAAAAAGAGCAGCUAGACAGUGGAUCGGAGAAGAGAAGGAAAACAUAAAAUGUCUUCCUAUCUAAGCUAUGCCUUUAUAAACAUCAAACAUACUCGUUUUAUUGUAUGGUCUGAAGUCCCAGAACAGAUUCUAAGAAAUGAUUUUUCAGGAGUUCAUAGAUAAAGCCUUCUUAAGGGCAACGAAAAACUUCUUAGAGGAACUGCAAAGCACAAGCCCACAAAACCAGCAUGCACCUCAGAGGAGGCCUCCAGAAUGUAACGCCCUGCAUUGGCGCCAUUUCCUGAGCUUCGAAGCCAGUUCAGAAACACUCGUGUGCAUACCCACACCGCACAAAGCAAGGCGGGUGUGGAUGAAGACAAAUGGACACUAUUGAGAAUGACAAUAGGGGGCUGUCCCGGAUUUUCUGUUUCCCCCUGUGUGACCCCUAGACUGCUGCCUGGAAACCCUUCCCCUAGGGGGCAGGUGUGCAAACAGAGUGCUGGAGAUGCUUCCCAGGAAGGUGUGGCAGUCACCUCUGGGAUUCUGCUGAGCUAACCCUUAGCUGCACCCAGGGACCUUGCCCCAUGUUGUGUAUAUAGUUACCUCUCAGGAUCAGUGCGUGUGGGAGAGAAGGUCAGGCUCAGGGGUAAAUGUGGCCGAGGAGCUAGAUUACGUGCUCAGGUGUGUGCCCGGCGAAGAGCACCCCAGUGACUGUUUGGUCCUUGUUUAUUAGAAGAGCUUAUUUAUGGGAAGAAAAUCCCUCCCGUCCCCUUCGGCUGUUUGCUGCCUGUGAAUAUCACUGCAUGGAACUCAAACCAGCACUUGGAAAAGUAGGAAGGAUAAUACUGAAGAGAAAAAAUGGCUUGUCUAUCAUUUCAACCUUCUUGCAAGUUUUGUACACAUUUAAAUGAUUACUACGUUCAGACUAAAACAAAAGCAUAAUAAACUUGCCUUCAAAAAUAUACUGCAAUAUUCAAAGCAAUUUUUUAAAAGAACUGUUUUCCCUCCUGUCAGAUAUUGUAAAUAAAUGGAACCUUCUUUUGAUGGCAUACACUGUGAUAAAUCAGGGCCCAGACUCGGGAAUUGAAUUAAGUGCUAUGGUCUUCAGGCCCCAGCCAGCCUUCAAUCACAGGAGUGAGGCGGGGCCGUUUGUACCCUUUCCCUAGAUUUCUUAUUUAUGGAAGCUGGCCUCCCAUCACUUAGCUUCACUGCUAAGCUGCAGCAAGGAGAGAGGAGGAGGGUUUGGGCUGUAAUUUUGUGAACAAGACCUGAAGCUUAAUCUUUGCACUCUGGUUUGGAGAAGGAAUAUGGCAUUGAUGAUAUUUCCCUCACUCUGUUAGAAUUUACAAUUCACAUCGUAACUCUGUGCUUGAAUUAAAGCAGCAGCUUUCAAAACACCGUGACAGCUGCAGCAUUUAAAUUCUGCUUUAUUCUUUGUCCCAGAGCAGGCGAUAGAAUAGUUCAGGAUCAUAUCCGUUGUGAAGAAUAUUAAAUUUUAUAUAGGUACACGCACCAAGAAAAACUUAUGCAAAACCAUUUUUACUAUUAAUUUUCCUGCACUUAAAACAUAAUUUAUUCAUCCCUUCUGUCACUGAUAAUUAUUGGAAUUAUGUACUUUAGGUGGCUAAUCCAUAACCAAAAAGCACACAUAAGGACUGUUCUGAAUUUGCAACUUGAUGUAGGAAAAGAAGGCUUCAGAAAUGCACAGAAUCCUGUGACUUGUAAGAAAAUAGUUAUAGCCAAAAUUGCCAGUGGUCUGAAUGUAAUUAAGCCAAGUUGCAAAUCUUUUUGUUAAUGGAUUUUUCAAGAGGUUCAUUUAUCACUCCCAUACAGUUCCUGUCAUAAUUUCUUAAUUUAUGAAGGGGGAGGGGGCUAUCAGGCAGUCUGAAUCUCACCUACAUUUUUCUACCUUGAAUCACUAAGGAGCCUUUAUGAAAAAUAUUUAGCUAGUUUAUCAUUUUUCAAGGAAAGAAAUCUUUUAAUGUCAAAUUAACAUUUGUUACCAACAUGUGAGAACAGAUUAAUUUUGUAUUUGAGUAAUCAGAGUUUAUUUCUCAAAGCCAGGGUAUUCCUUCUUUCCCAGGAAAAUAAUAAUAAAGGAUUAAGAGUUUUUGUUUACACUUUCAAAACCAGAGGCUAGGCUGUAUUUCAGCUGUCUUGCCACUAGGUCCCGGUAAAAGGCCUCAUGUAAAUCCUUCCUUUCUUAUCUCCCAAGUGUAAUAUAAGCAAUAAAGUUCUUCAUUCAUAAUGCACCAUUUUAUCACAAAUAAGUAGAUUAGCACAGACCAUAAGCUACCAUUCAGCAUGCAUUUCACAACUGUUUUUCCACUUGAGGGUUAUUUU